AUGUUAUCUGAAUUACAACAGGUUAUUAGACUGGUGAUGUUUCUCUGCCGACAUGGUGUGUAUAAACAGAAUAAGGCUCAGAGUCGAGGAGGGCUACUGGUUCUUCUGUCUGCUCAGUCCGGUUUGCUGACUUGCAGACGACUGACAUACACUGUUGCAGCUGCUGGUCGGUGGUUUGUCAAAGUUGCCAGGAAAGGCAGAAUGACAGAGAUUGUAGAGAACCUUUCCUCUUUUAUCUCUCUCUGUGACUGUCCUUAUGAAGAAGAGCUCUGCAAGUUUUCAGACAACUUUGGGUCUUUACAUUUCGUCUGCUCGUUCCAGGUAGACCAGUAUAGCCAAGAUGUGGAGACUGAAACCGAGCGAUUUCUUCAGAGAGUCAGCCUGGUUAACUCACAGAUCACAAUUAUUUUCAAAAUGAAGAAUAAAGAAAACACCCACCAGCAAGAAUUCAGUAGACGUACAAAGUCAGUGAUGGAUCAUUUUAUUGCCAGAGACCCUACAUCAUAUGUCCAGAGUCCUUUCUCUGUAGGGUGUUUCCCUUCCUGUUGCCAGAUGCAUCUAGUUUUGGGGGAGAGACUCACUCUACUGCUUCCCUCUGGAGCUGUGGAGGCUGGGCUGUGUGGGGAGAUGAAUGUCACUAGCCUAGCAACUCUUGGACCCUGCAUGAACCAGUACCCCAACUGGCCGUCACGUCUCUCACACAUACGCGUGUUAGUGUACAGUCCCAGUGGCAUUCCAAUAAUACGAGCAGAGGGACAGACACAGCUGAGCUUCCUCCAGAGCCUGGCUGGCUCACUGUUCUGGGGAAAACUGGGUCUGGCUGGAGUCCGUUGUGCUGAUACACAUGCUGCACAGGGCUCCCUGUUCUAUGAGAUGGAGUUUUCUACAGAAGAUGAGCACAGUUCAGAAACAGCGCCUGUAUGUAGCCGAGUUGUGAGUGAAAGCAUGGAAUCAGAUGUUCGUACAGUGGAGCAAACCAUCACUCUUUUUCUGCUGAUGGAGUACAGUGACCCUUUUCAUUCUCAACUGUUCGAGUUUAUCACGAGUGAAGAGACUUUAGAGAGACAGUUGGACAGGGUGCUGUGGCACAAUGCGGAGAAAGUGAGAUCAGCUAUGCAGACUCUACUGGAAAACACCCUUAGGGUAUUCCUGAGCAGGAAAAAGUCCAGAGAGAAGCUGCAGUCUGCCAUGUCAGUGAUUGUGAGUUCACUGCAUAGUAUUGUGAGCAGCAGUAGCAGUGCAGAGUUUCGCUCUGCCUGUAUGAAUAGCAUGAAGGUACAGAACACCAAUGAUCUGACUACAUCACUGCAUCAAACUCUUCAGAGAGUCAUAGGUGGCCGCUUUGUUUCCAGCACCAGGUGUACUCCUAAAAAGGUAGUGGAGGCAGUUGUCUCUGAGCAGAAUGGCAGUGAGAGACUGGAACAGAGCCUGCCUGGCAAGAGGGCUUACAAAGAAACUAUGGAGUCUCCAGUUUCAAGCUCUAAGAGGUGGUGUUCAGAGACCAUUGAUAGGGGUAGUGAUUUUUCUGAGAGCAGUUGGGAAAGUGUGGACCCCCAGAUGACCCUUCUGUCCUCUGAAAUGGCCAUUUCAAGGUCGUCAUCCACCUCCCUAAAUAACAUUGACCUGAAAAACCAACAGGUGAGGAGCUAG